AUGCUCCAACCGGCCACUCUAUUCGGAGGCCUGGUCUUGGUUGCCCAAGACCAAUUCGAUACCUCCUACAUCGGACAGAUCUACUUGAUCCGGACGAAGACCCAGAUACUCAUCAUGAAAUCUGCUUCUUUGACGUCCCAGUUGGGAUUUUUUUGGGGAAUGGUGGGGUUGAGGUCUCUCGACCGCUGGUGGGUCGUACCAUCGCUUAUCCAUGAUGGAGACUGGUUGAAGACAGAUCCGCCGCGCCCUGGAAGCUUUGACCCUACUCCAUAUCAGCCAGUCAACGCGACGCUACCUCGUGGAGUUUACCUCAAGAUCCGUAUCGCUGUAGUGUGGAAUAGACCCGAGCUUCAUCACUCGUAUUUUCGGUUCUGGCCCCGCGGUGAAAUACAUAUUGAUGAUGCAACAGAUGAUGAUGAACAUCGGGCUGACGAAGAUAGCGACAAUGACGACGACAACUUCAGCCCUGGCCCAGACCAAGGGGGCGAGCAGGCUGACUCCGGUGAGAUGCAGAUGGUAAUGUAUAAUUCUCGAUCACACGAGGAGCAGAGUGUUUCACGUGGUGGCCGUCACAAAAUCUCCAAAUUGUUCAGACAUCACAACGACAACGACCGAGGGUACUAUGGGUCACCACCUUAUGAGGAUGUCAGAAUGAUGUCGCCCCCGCCUCAUGAAAACUACGUCCCAGUACCCCCCCGUAGACAUAAUACAGCAGAGGAAUUCAUGGGAACACCAACUCCGCCCUCAAUUCCGGAGAGCCUCAGACUAGAGCAAUUGUACAUCAGCGAAGAGAAGCUCGGGCCACGCUACCUCAUUUUGGACCAAUCGAAAGACGAUCAAAAGGACUUAUUACGGCGGGGAACUGGGCUCGGCCUUAACAACCUACCAUCAUCGAUAGAAGAAGACCUAUUACCCGAAAUGCAAAGGCACCGAAAGGGUGGCUCUCGUAGCCACUACCGUGAUUUUGACCAUCGGGGAUACACCAGGGAUGCUCCUGGAGAGCGUAUAAAAAAUCCCGAGGAGGAUGAUGAGUUUUACGAGAAUGAAUAUUCCGACGAUGAGUACUCUGAGCACGGCCAUCCAACACAGCCCAGAAGGGAUCAUCCUGUUGCUCCUGGCAUGGGAUAUGAAUAUCCCCAUAGUGAGGUAUAUCACCAAAAUAUACCACAUGAUGCUCCUAGAGAGCAUUGGGGCUACGUGCAACAUCAUCAGGAUCCUCGGCGCCGUCGGAAAUCAGAAUACUCUCGACAUACUGAAGAGGAAGAAAGUUUUGAUGAGAGCGUGGGCAGCCCGCAGGCAUACAUCACGUCAAGAUAUCCCGAGCACGGGGAAAGAUAUUACGAAAGGCAAGUAGUCGAGGAAGUUGGAAGUUAUAAUUGCCGAGAUUCGUCUCCAGGCCUGGGUUAUAGAAAUCCGGAUGACGAGAGCGGAGCAGCAAUUCUGGUCGCUCGCGAGGAAGAUGAAGAGCGCCAGCGCCGACGCCGCAAGAAGAGCGCAUACCAGGAAUCAUACUAUCGGGAAUGA